AUGGGAUUUCGUUUGAGGAUGGAAUUUGGUUUGAAAUAUGGCAAGAAGUCAUUAACCUUACUAUUUGGCCUGCUGGGUUAUACAAUCUCUAAGCCCUUGGAUUCUAAAGAUGCCACUGAAACUUUGGUAGAAAUUGAAAAACAAAGACUUAUUAAAUUUCCCGAAGAUCUCGAACAGCCGAGCAUGGUGGAGGGCAAUGAAAAACGCGAUGAGGCCAAACGUAUUUUGCAAGAAAUUGAAAAAAUUAAUCAAGCUUUAGGCUAUGUUAAAAAGCAAUCCGAUCAAUCACGCUCUCCCGCAAUCUUGGACUCAUCACAGUAUCUCUUUCCCAAUACGGGGGGCUAUCAACCGUUUCAUGUACAAAGUCCUCAAGUAAUGGGUGUUAAUGGUGAAACUUUAUUAUUGCCCUCCAUAAGAUCAGUGAAAUUGGAAUCGGCUUACUAUAACAAAGCCAGUGAAUACAAUGCACCACCCACAAAAAAAUCACAAAAACAAAAGGUAUCAAAACCUCAAAAUCCCUUAUAUUUCAAGCCACAGCGGGUAGAGUUGGCGGCACCACAAACAAAGGCCGAACAGAAACUAUUGCCCACCCAUUUCGUAAUACCCGUCAGAUUAUACAAACAAAAUAAACAGCAAUAUUUGGAAAAACAUAAUCCUCAAGAGUACAAAAUUAAAGGUUAUAAAAUUGUGGGCGAUAUUGAUCAUUUCUAUGGUAAAACUAAAUUGAAUAAGACCUCUGCCGCAGCUGGCAGUAAGGUGAAAUCUUCAUCUACACCAAAAUAUCAUUUGUUCUUUUUGCCCGAAGAAAUUACAGCUAAAAGCUCGUCAAAGAACAUAAAGGCUGCUGAUGUUAGCUCUAAGGAGAAUACCUCGCGGGAAGAAAAGGUGACCCACAACAAUAGACCAUACAAAGUGCAAACGAAUACUCAAGCUAUAACCACAGGUAAUACAAUAAAUGCCACCAGUUCAGCACAAGUCGUUAGGAAACGUUUGGGUGCAAAACCUCAAAAGGGCAAUAGCAAUUCUGUAGUUUCGGCCAGUACAGUGGUUAAAGUACAGCCCACAGCUAAUGGCAAUGGACUGCAACUGCAACAGCAACCACAGCAACAACAAGGGCAACAACAACAGCAGCAACAACAGCAGCUGCAACAACAACAGCAACAACAGCAACAACAACAGCAACAACAACAGCAGCAACAACAACAUUAUGAAAAACCUACUGGUGCCCAACAAAUCACACAACUCAUCCAACCACCCGAAGCAACCCCAGCUUAUCAGAAACCCAACAUCAAUCAAAAUAAUAAAAACCCCACUAGACCCUUGUUGAAUAUCCAAAACAAUAAUAAUAACAAUAACAUCAAACGUCCUCUCUUGGAGUUGCAACAAAAUAUCAACAACAUCAAUAACGCCACCACAAAUGCCAUUAAGACGGCUUUUCAAAAUAUUUUCCGACUACCCUUUCGCCCACAAGACCCAACUAAACCGGUAACUGCUACCGAAUAUACACCCAUUGAAACACUGCCUCUGCAAAGUCCACAACUACUACCACCACCACAACAGCAACAACAACAGCAAUAUUAUACAGGCCCCAAUUCACAAUCACCACCACAAGGACCACCCCAUUACUUUUACGGCAACGAUAAUUUCCAAAAUGAUCACUUAGACUCCGAUUACAAAUGGGACGAUGAAAAUGUCAGUAUCGAUUCAUCGAAUCCUGAUGACCAAGACAGUUACGGUAAUAGCCAAGAAUCGGGCGAACCAGAGGAAAAGAAAAUUUUCAGCAAUUUAUUGAAACACAAACAGGAGUCACAAAGAGAGGCUCUCAAACAGGGCGGCAUUAUUAUACAAAGACUUAAGGUACGCAAGGGAGGUAUUGCCAUAGCCGGACCGGGUGGUGUAGCUACAGCUGGUAGUGGUGGCACUGCCAUCGUAGGUCCUGGUGGUUAUGCUCUUACCCAUCCCAGAAGUUUGACAAUAGCCGGUCCAGGCGCCAAAGUUAUUGCUAUACCUUCCAAUGUUGAUCUGAAAGAUGCUUUGCAGCGAACUAAUUUAGACACACAAAUGUUUCCGCGUGAGGGACGUAUAGUGGCUACGGGACCUACGGUCUACUAUGCUCCACCUACUGGGGAUUAUGUAGAGAUUUAAGUAGCCGUAUUAGUUUUUAAAAAGGGGGGCUUCGAAGAAGAAUUUGUAUUUUUUCUAUUUCUUAAAUUCGAAGUAUUAUUUAAGUUUUUUUC